GAUCACGCCACAUUCGUGCCAAGCACAUUGCCUGAGUAGCAUCGACGAGAGACGUGCCUUAAUAAACUAUAUAUAUCUAUAUACCAGUGUGUCUAAUCAUUUAUUAAUCACUUAUCCCAAUAGGUUAUUGGCCCAGGCACUCUUCAAGUGCGCUCUGAGUGUGGUGAUAAGUGAAUAAAAAAGUAAAACUGAAUUAAAAACUGAGAAAAAGGGGAACUCUGGUGACUCGUGUGGACCGGUUGAAAAGAUGGUCGGCGAGGAGAAACAAAAGGAUGGUGAGAGGAUGGCAAUGAAUAAUGCAUUAAUGGAGUUCUGGGAAGAACUGACAUACAUGUUUGGACCAGACGAUCUACACAGGGGUGAGGAUGUCACUAUAGGAUGGAAAGAGUGCACUAUAGUGAUACAAACAGACAAACACAAAUACAAGUUGGGUGCAAAAAUGCUGCCAAAUGCUCAGUGGAGGUCCGUGGUGGACUGGCACGAGCAAUAUGUCGNGAACAUCCAAAAAUUACUACUGAGGAAAGGGAAGAGUCAAAGGACGAGGAGAGUGGGAACGAGGGUGAGAAAACUGGAAGAGUCGAUGAGAAGAUGGAUGAGCAACAGACGAGUGGAAGUGAAGAAAACCCAGUAG